AUGUCGUCGUGGAUCACCAACCGGAAGUCAAGAAAUCUAAUUGUUCUUAAUAUCUUUCAUUUUUCAGGGCAGCCUUUUGAUCCUUCACUGCCAUUUGUCAAAUCAGUUGCUAAUGUCAUAUGUACUUUGAGCUUUGGGCACCAGUUUGCUCUUGAAGAUAAAAACUUACAGAAGUUGGUCCAAAACAUAAACAACAUUGAAAAAGUGGCAGGUGGUGUUUUUCAUAUGUUGUUUGAGAUGGCCCCGUGGUUGAUGAAACAGCUUCCAGGGCCUCACCAGAAGGCCUUGGACUCUGCCGAGUUUAUCCUUUCAUUUGGAAGGCAGGAAAUAGAAAGGCACAAGCAAUAUCAAUCUCUGCAUGAGCCACAGGAUUUCAUCGAUUUCUAUCUACUACAAAUAGAAAAGAACAGGAAUGACCCCAACUCUGUCUAUAAUGAGGAGAAUCUGGCUUGUUGUUUGGCUGAAUUAUUUGUCGCUGGAACAGACACAACAUUUUCUACCUUGAUGUGGGCAGUGCUUCUCUUGGCAAAUCAUCCCGACAUCCAAGAAAAAGUCCACAAGGAGAUUGAAGAGAUCUUUGGUGCCUCAGGAUCCAUCUCUUAUCAAGAUCGGCACAAGCUGCCCUACACCAAUGCUGUGAUUCAUGAGACUCAACAAGCAAAAUAUAUUACAUUAAUAGUAAUUCCUAGAGAAAGCAUAAGAGAUGUGAAUAUGGCAGGUUUCCACAUUCCAAAGGGGACUGUUAUAUUGUCAGACCUGCACUCUGUUCUUCUUGAUCCCGAACUGUUCUAA